AUGGGGUUUCGUAUCACGACAUGGAAUGUCAAUGGGAUUCGAAACCCAUUCUCCUAUGAACCAUGGAGAGGGACCCGCACUUUUGAAUCUAUGUUUCAGAUUCUCGAGUCCGAUAUCGUUGUGUUUCAAGAGACCAAGAUUCAGCGAAAGGACUUGCGAGAUGACAUGGUCCUAGUACCAGGGUGGGACUGCUAUUUCAGCCUGCCGAAGUAUAAGAAAGGCAAGUUACAUCUCUGCUACUCUGGGGUGGUUAUUUACACACGCAAUGCCACCUGUGCACCAAUCCGGGCCGAAGAAGGCAUAACAGGAGUACUCUGUCCGCCAAACUCAUCAGUGGCCUUCCGUGAUAUGCCAAAGGAUCAGCAAAUUGGCGGGUAUCCUACUCUAAGCCAGCUUACAGACAUUGGCUCUCUAUCCGACCCGGCUGGCGCAGAGGAUGACGAUGAGCAAGGUGCGACGGCCGAGGAGCGAAUCGACGCUGCAACUCUGGACUCCGAAGGACGUUGCGUUGUCCUGGAAUUUCCGGCUUUCGUUCUCAUUGGGAUAUAUUGUCCUGCGUACCGAGAUGAGAGUCGUGAUUCUUUCCGUUUAGAUUUUCUGAAUGCUUUAGAUGCCCGGAUACGGAACCUUGUAUCCUUGGGGAAGAAGGUAUUCGUGACCGGAGAUAUAAACAUCUCUAAGAAUCCAAUUGACUCUGCGCAUAUGCUUGAGUCAAUUCGCAAAAACACCGCCACUGAGCUGGAGUUUCACAUCAGUCCACCCCGGAGGCUAUUUAAUGCAUUGCUGGCUGAUGGAGUGGUGGUUGGCGGUCGAGACGACAAGGAGCAGCCUGUCCUCCAUGAUAUCUGCCGUUCCUUUCACCCAGGUCGAGCAGGAAUGUAUACUUGCUGGGAUACAAGGCUCAAUACCCGACCCGGGAACUAUGGCUCGAGAAUUGAUUACGUGCUGUGCAGUCUUGAGAUGAAAGAAUGGUUUUCCGAUUCCAAUAUUCAAGAAGGCCUCUUGGGUUCGGAUCAUUGCCCGGUUUACGCCAUGUUUAAGGAUCAGGUACUGCAUGAUGGAAAUCCUGUUUCCAUUCUUGACAUCGUGAAUCCACCGGGGAUGUUCAAAGAUGGCGAACGUCAGAAAGAAUAUUCGACUCAGUAUUUGCUGCCUACGUCAGGACGCCUACUUCCAGAAUUUGAUCUUGACAAGCGGCGAAGUAUCAAAGAUAUGUUCGCCCGCAAACCGUCCAACGUGCCGUCCCGAUCACCGUCUACAGCUAGUGGCGCAAAGAACCCGACUCCCGCUGUUAGCAAUGACCAAGCAAGCCCGGCAAACAGUCAAAAUGAUACAUUGACAACGCCGAGUGAUGUCUCAACUUCAACUUCUUUGACUCGAAAAAGGCCACCGCCACCACCAUCGGUCCCUGCCAAACGGUCAAAAUCUACGACAGCCCCAUCACCUGUCUCGAAGGCUGGCCAGAAAACCCUCAAGGGAUUUUUCAAGCCCAAGGCAGCCUCGAAUAGCGCAGCAUCUCAGCAGCCUGCGAAUGAAAUCUCUGAAAACUCACCUGGCCCUAACGAAGGGACCUCGUUAUCGAGAAGUUUUGCCAUUGACGAUAGCAGUAUGGUCGAUGCUUCUCAAGCUACCGAGUCUACAGGCGAAGCCGCUGCUGCAAGCACACAUAACUCAUCGAUACCACCCUCACCUAGUAAGCCUGAUGAUGAUACAGUGUUUGACCCAAUUGUUAGUAAAGAGGACUGGACUAAGCUCUUUACUAAGAAACCCGUCCCUCGAUGUGACUCACAUGAAGAGCCCUGUGUCAGUUUGACGACCAAAAAGCCUGGCAUGAAUCGUGGUCGAGCAUUCUGGAUAUGUUCCAGGCCUAUCGGUCCCAAUGGCGAGUUAACAAAGGGCACUCAAUGGCGAUGUCCUACUUUUAUCUGGGCCAGUGACUGGAACGGAUCCUCGCAGACGCAUACGGAAGUAUGA